AUGCCCGACGCAGACACCAUCACGCACAGGUACGACACCACAGUGGGAUACGCGGGGCACGUAGUGACACACGUGGCAUACGAUUCGCAGCUGGCGCCUCGCUGCUGGCGCACCAUGUACCUACUGCUGGACCUGUACACGAACAUGCCCGACGCAGACACCAUCACGCACAGGUACGACACCACAGUGGGGUACGCGGGGCACGUAGUGACACACGUGGCGUACGAUUCGCAGCCUGCGCCUCGCUGCUGGCGCACCAUGUACCUACUGCUGGACCUGUACGCGAACAUGCCCGACGCAGACACCAUCACGCACGGGUACGACACCACAGUGGGGUACGCGGGGCACGUAGUGACACAUGUGGCGUAUGAUUCGCAGCUGGCGCCUCGCUGCUGGCGCACCAUGUACCUACUGCUGGACCUGUACGCGAACAUGCCUGACGCAGUCACCAUCACGCACAGGUACGACACCACCGUGGGAUACGCGGGGCACGUAGUGACACACGUGGCGUACAAUUCGCAGCUGGCGCCUCGCUGCAGGCGCACCAUGUACCUACUGCUGGACCUGUACGCGAACAUGCCCGACGCAGACACCAACCAUCACGCACAGGUACGACAUCACAGUGGGGUACGCGGGGCACGUAGUGACACAUGUGGCGUACGAUUCGCAGCUGGCGCCUCGCUGCUGGCGCACCAUGUACCUACUGCUGGACCUGUACGCGAACAUGCCUGA